AUGAUUGCACAGGUGGUUCGCAACGAGAGGAUACCCGUUUUUGCGCGGGCGCAUAGAUUCUUUGCCACUACAGUAGUGGUGGCAGAUGGAAGGAAUGGGGCAUCGACUGGUUCACGUAGUAGAAGAUUUCUACAGACAUCAUUAGGAGAUAAUAAUGCUCCUCCUUCGCCAGCAAGAUGGAACUUGAAUUUUACUCCGAAAAGACAGGAAAAGAAUAAGGGAAGUAAGAUGAACAUUUUGUCCGAUUAUACACCAUCAAAAUGGUCAAGUUAUUCAUUACCAUCGAAGAAGGUACUGGAAGAUCAAAAGAAAGAGGAGAUUGAGAAGAAAGAGAAGUUGGCUGCAGCUCAAGAAGCGAUGAAUGAAGCAAGUGAGACUAAGCCAGUGAAGAAGAGAAAGAGACUACUGAGACCUCGUAAGGCAUUGAUAACACUGAGCCCUAAAGCUCUAUCGCAUUUAAAGAGUUUGCUGGAUCAACCAGAGCCAAAACUGAUAAGAAUUGGUGUGAAGAACCGUGGUUGUUCUGGUCUCACUUACGACCUACAAUACAUUACACAACCGGGCAAAUUCGACGAAGUCGUCGAGCAGGACGGUGUACGAAUUAUAAUCGACUCUAAGGCGUUAUUCAGUGUGGUAGGGAGUGAAAUGGAUUGGAUAGAUGAUAGAUUAUCGUCCAGAUUCGUUUUCAAGAAUCCCAAUUCAAAAGGUACGUGCGGAUGUGGUGAAAGCUUCAUGGUGUAA